GUUGUCGUUGGUGAUGUCGUUGUCGUUGGUGAUGUCGUUGUCGUUGGUGAUGUCAUUGUUGUUGUUGCCGCUGUUGUCGUUGACGAAGUCGUUGUCGUUGGUGAUGUCGUUGUCGUUGGUGAUGUCGUUGUCGUUGGUGAUGUCGUUGUCGUUGGUGAUGUCGUUGUCGUUGGUGAAGUCGUUGUCGUUGUUGCCGCUGUUGUCGUUGACGAAGUCGUUGUCGUUGGUGAUGUCGUUGUCGUUGGUGAUGUCGUUGUCGUUGGUGAUGUCGUUGUCGUUGGUGAUGUCGUUGUCGUUGGUGAAGUCGUUGUCGUUGGUGAUGUCGUUGUCGUCGUUGGUGUCGUUGUCGUCGUUGAUUUCAUUGUCGUUGUUGUUGUUGCCACUGUCACUGUUGUUGUUGUUGUUGUUGACGUCGAUAUUGUUACUGUCGUCGUCAGGUUUUGAAAAUAAGGUAGGUCAGUACGAGCAAUUUUUAAAAGAGAAAGGAAUUUCACGCCGUUCUCGUUGCACCGCGCGCCUUUGCAGCAGCACGCAUAACUUUCAAGAUGUGGCUCUCCCGGCACAGUCCAGCAAUACGCAUCCUAUAAAAUUGGAACAGUGA